AUGAUGGACGCCGACAACUCAAUCACCACCAAUCUAGCGAGCAACAAUGUCUCGACCAACGAUGCCUCGAGCCCCAGUUCCGUGAGCAACAACGCCUCGCCCUCGGUCAACAGCGCCUCGAACAAGAAUGCCGAGAGAAACAAGACCGCGCCGAACAAGGAUUACACGAGCUUAUUCGGCAGCCGCCUCACGGAGAACCAGGUUGCCUGGCGGAUGCGACGCGCGUUCGGUCUAUGCGACAACGACCUCAGCGAGGCCGACGCCAACGAGGCCAAGAGGAACAAGGCCGAGGAGAAACACACCGUCCCGCUCAUGCGGCUUCCAAUCGAGAUGCGCAAGCACGUGCUCGGCUUCCUGGACGUGUACAGCGUGCACCAGACGAACCAGACGAACCGGUCGCUGAACGACGCAUUCCGAGCCUUCGAGGACAGCUCGCUGCGCAGCGUCGUCAUCAACACGCUGCCCCAGGACGCGAUCAACCGCGCCAUGAUCUGCAUCUACCUGGACCGGCUGCGCACCCCGCGCGCGCCCGAGGUCUGCCGGAUCAUCUCGCGUAACGCGGACCGCACGUACAACCCCAACUCGGCCUCUGACCGCGCGGCGCGCCUUGACGCCAUGGUGCAGCGGCUCGACGACCCCCCGAUAUUCGACGUGAGGCGGCACGUGGCGCGCGUCGGCCAAGCCGAGGUAGACGAGUUCAUGCUGGCGGCGGCCGACAUCGCGGACCUGCUCAAGUGCGAGAAGCUGCGGCCGCUUCGGGGCGAGGACGCCAAGGAGGCGCUGGCGCUGCAUUACGCAUCGCGGCGGUCGUCGGACAACUACCGGACCGCCCUGAGCCGCACGUUCGCCGCACGGUCCGCCGACGGUUUUCGCGAGCACGCAUUCUAUCAUGACGAGCACCACUGGCGCUGCCUGGCGCUCGUCGAGAAGGAAAUGAGACUGCGCGGCUUGACGAACCCCACCAUGGGACCCAUGUUCAACGAGGCCUCUGCCGGGUUUGUUGUUCAGGAGUUGAUGAUGGCGACAAAGAGUAUUAGAUUCUCGUUGCCCAGCACCUAA